CCGUCAAGCAGACAGUGUAGUGUCGUAAAAAUGCAAGAUGGCGACUGCAAUGACAGGACGUGGUAUGGCCUUUCUCAGGACUAUACCCCGGGUGAUGCAUUCAAGGUUCCAGGUUCUGGGUCCUCAGCAGCUCUCAUGUCUCCACACCAGCACAUCCCUUGAGUCAAAGCAUUGGGAGAAGAGAAACAUGAAGGUGUAUCCACCCCAGAAACCAGAUGAUGAUCGCAGACCAGCAGAGAUCCACCACAGCAGGAGGCAGAUCAAGUACAGCAAAGACAAGAUGUGGUACCUGGCCAAAAUGAUCCGAGGGAUGAGCAUUGAUCAGGCCAUUACACAGCUGCAGUUCAACGACAAGAAAGGAGCAAAGAUCAUGAAAGAGGUUCUUGAGGAAGCUCAAGAGAUGGCGGUCAAAAAUCACAAUGUAGAGUACAAAUCCAACCUGUAUGUAGCUGAGUCCUACUCCGGCAAAGGGAAGUACCUGAAGCGGAUCCGUUACCACGGCAGGGGGAUGUUUGGCAUCAUGGACAAAGUUAACUGUCACUACUUUGUGAAGCUGGUGGAGGGCUCGCCGCCCCAGAUCGAGGAGAAGACGAGCUUUGACCAGGCCAAAGAGUACGUCCAGAACCUGAAGAACCGGACAAUCAUCCACAGCCUGUAGACCAUCUGAUUGGAUAAUAUUUAUCAUGUACCUUUUACUGUAUUUCUGUCUGUUUGUGUUUCUUUAACAUGACAUUUGUAAAUAAACAAAUAAAAUAAUGGGUU